UCUACAAAAUGAUUAUACCAGCAACGCGCCCGCUAGAAAGAAAAGCAUCGUUGUGAUCGUCUCCAUACAAUGACGAAACAGGUCGAGAUGGCAGAAUCGAAGCGAGCCAGAUUUCUCCCUCAACACUGCCAGCACUACUCGCGGAAAGCCCGCCAAAAUAACAACCUCCCCGAGCCGCAGUCAUGUAAUAUAAACGAUGUCGCCAUCACCCUAUCCGAAAGCAUCUUGGGACCGAUCCAGUGGACCACAUGCGAAAAGUCGCUGAAGGCUACCGUCGCCCACGUUUUAUCUGAACAAGGAGCCGAAACAGGCCCGAUUGUCGUCUCCGCCGACACCAUCUUUUCUCUCAUGAAAGCUAUCGACGAGCUAUGCCUUCUGGGCUUGCUCUUCCCGACCCCUCAGGUUAAUCACGGCUCACAUCCCGUCCUUCUCGAAGUUGGACAGUCGCGGGGUCGUGUGGGUUGGACGCAGCUCCUCCGCUCCAGCAAGCCUGGCGGCCCUAGCAUCGUCAUCCGCCUGAGCACGGCCCGCCACCACGUUGACGGCACGAGUACAUCACUGCCGCUCAAAGAGAUUGUCCAGGUCGCGGUUCAUGAGAUGGUACACGCGUAUCUGCUGCUGUUCUCCUGCCGCCGGGACCAGUGCGAGGUGGACUUCAACGUCAUGCACUGCGAUGCGGACGGCGGUGGGCAUGGCCUCGCAUUUGUCGCGCUGCUCAAGGCUGUCGUGGGCCAGAUCCAGAGCUGGGCACCCGGGCUGCGAGAGUUUGGGCUCACUGACGACGCCAUCCAUCCGUACGAGGACUUUGGGCUUCAGUUGUGGAAGAGGGGUGACAGGAUCUCGUCUCGGAGUAAGGGGCAGCGCGUUUGGUGGCUCGCUGCGAAGCCCAUAUGAAGUUCACAGUCGUUUCUUCUUGUUCGUGUUUUCUUCUGCAAAGCUAUGAAUAACAAAACAAAGGAGAUGGGGCCAUCGAUUGCAAGCGGUUUGCGUUUUCGUGUCAGGUACGAAGUCGCAAAAUGUUUGGAAGGCUGUGCAAGGCGAUGGCGGGUACCAAGAUUUGUUGAGCUAUAUCAGCUUGACUUGUAGGCAGUGGACAAGUCCCUUCCUGGUUCAGAGAGAAUGAUAAAUCGGAAUAAUACAAUAUCAAACGGGUUGUUUUCAACGCAAUCGUUUCAAGUGUGAAUAACUGCCUAACGCCUGACCAUCCUCGG